CUGGGGGUGGGACUUAGCUAGUUGCCACGGAAACGACUGCUUGGGGAAACCCAUGUGGCGCUGCACAGCCCAGACAUAAAAAACCACAAAGUCCGAUAAGCCAUUCAGGCUUCCCCUGAAGUUUUACCUUCACUCCCUAUGGCCCAGGAGUCAGGCUUAUCACAUGGAGACUUCCAGCUUAGGACAGUCCGUGCAUCAACUGUGAAGCCCAAACAGAGCGGCAUUCUAAGAAAAGCAAGGUCUUGCAAAGGACUAAUGGCAGAGCAGAAAGUGCAAAUGUGUCCUCCAACGAACUUCUUGCUUCUAGGCUCAGCCAAAAGUCAAUCUAGAUUCUUGGAUUCACAAACAUACCCAGAGAAAUGGCAAAGGCUAAAGGAACUGGCAGAGAAAAUAUACGUGUCCAGCUCUCUGCAGGAUAGUAUUGACUGUAUUAAGGUGCAAAAGGAAUCUAGAGCACUCUGUUGCCUUGCUGCUGCUAUCUUGCUUAGCUAUAAUUCUUAUAUCCUGCUAUUUUUACAUACAGUUGACUCUCUCUGGCAGUCCAAAUAUGUGUAGGAUAGUGAUGUGCGGGUCAAAAAAAGCUAGACCCGCUUCCGACCCCAACCCGCACCCGCUUGACCCAGUGCCCUCCCUCAUCUUGCUUCCCCUCCAUUUAUAGACCUAUGAAGCCAGAAAUCAGAAGCCUGGCAGUCUAAGGUCGCAGACAGAGAGAGCAGGUAGAAUAGCUCAACCCAAUCUGCCUGCAACCCGCAAAAGGUGUAGCGAGCUUGACCCGAACCCGCCCUACCCAUGGGUAUCGUGCCGGCCCGCACAUCACGAGUGCAAGACUAAGAAAACCCUACUGCUGCAUCAUUGAGCUCUGUACUACAAAGUUGUCAGGGCCCAGUUAUUAUCCCACCAGGCAACUGUCCCCCUGGGCCUGCAACCUUUCUUCCCUCUGCCAUGGGCCCCUGAAUGGAGUACCCCUUUUACCCCCUGAUCUCCAGGUACUUGCACAUUAUGCUUUUAUGUUAUGCUGCUCUAAGAUAUCAUUAAUCCUGUAUUCUAUCAUCUUGUUGCGCUACAGCACUAAUACAUUCCAAUUCCAUCUCCUUCUUGCAACCUUCUCUUCCUUAAUCUGGCCAGAAUCCACCAAUAUUGGCCUGCUAACAUCACUUUCUGGCCCGUCCUGCACUUUCCCACCACAUCCUGGCCAGUAUUUUUAUUGCUAAAGCUGUCAGUACUGUAUUAAUUUCAACAGGCUCUGAGGCUUGUAUGCAGGACUUCAUGGUAGGACAGAGAAGGCAGCUACAUAAGGGGGCCUUAUGAUGGAACAUGUUGGAAGUUGUUUAACAAAUACAGCAUCUUAAUUGAUUUAAAUCAUAUCAUCCCAUUCCUCCCAAGAUAAAGCACCACACUUUCUGCAUUUCCUUUAUCUUUAACUCUGCUUGAAAGACCCUUUUUAUAAAUAGUAAUAUUCUAUUUUUUUCUAGGCACUGGGGCUCCAUGGAUAUAGAAAUCCUUGUGUUGUAGCUGCCCUUAAAUAUGCGGAUAUUUGGAAGCCUCGACUGUAGAUGUGUUGACCCACUAUCUAAAAGAAGCUCAUACUGCCUUAAGGAUGGACCUUCUGUGCGCUCUAGAGACCUCUCUGCAGAAAGAUGACCUUAUCUGGGAGUCAGAGGAGUCCAAGUUCCGUUUAGUCUCUUCCUUGGAACAGAACUUGGCAUGUGGGGAGCAAGGGGAUGAGAUGCCACUGCAGGCAGCCACAUGUCUCUCCUAUGUGGAUAACCAUAAUGAGAAGGCUUCCUGCUAUCUACUCACUUACCUGGAACACAAGGACAUGAAGUUCAGGAUGAAGGUGGGGUGACCUCACUGUUUUGUACUCCAGUGUUUUCCUGAUUCCUUUGUGGGUGCAAAGGACAAUGUCAUGCAUACAUGCACAAAUGCACCCACAAAUAUUUCACUCUCUAUUUCUUCAUGUUUAUGUUAUGGCCCAAUAUAACAUGGCAAUGACCAGUAAUGAUCCACACCAGGUUACAGUCAAACCACACCCCCACCUUCAACCUAUCCAUAUAAUUCAGGUGAGUUUACAACAUGAGUGGCAUGGAGAAGUAAAAGUCACUGAGUAGCCUCUGCUGAAAAACCCACAGAUAGAUGGGACAUAGUGAGAACCUUUUCCCCCACUCCUAUGCAUCUCACCAGUAUUUACUUGGAUCACUGGUGCAAAGAAGGGCAUAGGACCUGGUGGAUGCCAAGUCAUACCCUGGUUGAUAACUCUGUGCUAUAUGUAUAGCAGUAGUCUUGGUUCCAAGAAGGCUUUUACUGUAUUUGUUAUAGUAAAGUAGCAAUGAGCAGGAUGACAAAAAGUCAACCUGCAUUCAGCCUGAAUCCCCUGGCCUGCGAAGAUUGUGUGGAAGUUGGCCUGAAACCCGUAGGACCAGCACAUCACUAUAGUGAAGGGCAUGGGCUUAUUUUAAUCCACCUCAGCCUAACCUGACUGCUUUCUCUGCCUGCCUGUUCCAUCUGUACUAUGUGUUUAUGUGUUUAUGUUGUGAAUCUUUCUGUAUAUGGGUUCAGUCUGCUCUUUUCUUACAGGCCCUUGGUUCCUUGGUUGGUCAAAUACAGUUGUACAAUAACAGAAUUACUAAAGGACUCAUGGACCAACUGUUACAUUCUAUUGUGUUCCAGCACAGGAUCCAAGCCUCCAGGUGGCUGAAGUAUAUUGGAUUGGAGCGAAUACGGGAACAGGGGCUUGAGCAAGAGGUGUACAGUGUACUGAAGCAGAAGAUACACAGCGACCCCCUACUGGUUAUCAGAAAGUCCAUUGGAAUAACAGUGGAAUCUUUGGGAAUGAAUAAAUCCAUGUGGGAUACAUUUGAGAGCCAAUUGCAAGAUCCUUGUGAGAAGAGAAGGACACAAGCAGUUUUAGCUCUGGCUGCACUAGGGCUGCGACAUAAGCUUAUAUUAUGCCAGCUGCUGAACAUGUUGGAUACAGACCAGAGCGAAUCUGUUCGUAUACAGAUUGUCCGAUUAUUCUGCUCUCUUGACCUGAAGGAUUCCUCAGUUCUAAGAAACCUUAAGGAGAAGGAACAAGGAAUGGGGAGUCUGGCAAGAGAAGCCUCCAAAGCUUUGAAGAUCCUGGAACAGAGCAUGGCCAAACCCAAGCAAAAUCCAUUAGUGGUGAGAGACAGUAUUUAGGGCUUAGCAGGAAAACUGGGACCCCUAUCUAAGGGGCAAAAAUGAAGCAAAGGGCUGUAUCAACACUUUCCCUAAGGGGUCCCUCCUUGUAAUGUUUAGGACUAGCUUUAAUUCUAAGGCUGCAAUGGACAUGUCCAUCCAAAGAUAUUUCAGGUCACACAUUCUACAGGAAAAUAAAGUUUUAAAUUCUACAUAAGAUUGUAUAGAGUCUAAUAGAGUUUUGAAAAGGUUAUACAAACGUGUGUGCUUGGACUCUCAGGGGGAGCCCUGUAAGGAUCUGUAUCCUAGGGGAGCAAAAUAACAUAAUGUGGAAGGCAACACACAAGAACAGGCAUAAUUGAUGUAGUGGGGGUCAGGCCAGUAACGUAACUACAGAGGAAGCAGACCAUGCGACUGCAGGGGGGCCCAGG